AGCGUUAUUAAAUAGCCGAAAUCUUGUGUCCGCUCAGUGUCUCUCCCAUUUUUCUGCUCAACCUACGCAGGUUCAGAUUUUCUCAGGAUGACAGAGCCACCUUUUGUUCCAAGAGAGAGGCUUUUUGAGAAGCAACGAUUUUUCCAGAGCAUCCAUAAGCACACAUACCUGAAAGGACCAAUGGACAAGAUUACCUCAGUUGCCAUUCCUGCUGCUUUGGCAGCUACUUCCAUUGCUCUUAUUGCACAAGGGAUCUAUAAUAUGUCUCAUGGGAUUGGAAAGAAAGAAUGAAGAGGCAAAAAUCUGUUAGAUAAUGGCCUAUAUGAUUGGCAGCUAAAAUUUCAAAAAAUUGCAUGCUGUUGGAAUUUGACUAGAGUUGUUUGUUGAAGCAUAUUGUUUUCUACCUCUAAUAAAUGCUUAGUUUGCAAUCUGGGAUCACCAAUGGAAAGAUGAAACUUUCUUGUUGACUGUUUGUUUGUCUAGUUUUUAUAUUGAGAGCCAUUGAAUCCUGCA